AAUAUUUACCGGAAAUUACGUGUUUUACCACGUGAUCGGACAAGUUCCGGCUAGAAGUCAAAAUGGAUUUGCUAGCGAACUAUGACGAUGAAAAUACUGAAGAUAACUCAAUAUCAGAUAGUCCCAAACAAAAGGAGGUGAAAGGUAAAACACAUUUAACCCCAACAGUGUUAGAGAAUGAAUGGCUCUCCUUUGAACAGAUGAUAGCACCAGGUGGAGGAGGAGGUAACACAGACCCUGUGAAGAGCAGUGACUUCUUAGUGAAUGGUAUUGUGGCAUAUCCCGGCAUGAAAAGUUCACAAAACCCAGCAGAGAGUGGUUUAGCUUUAGAAGAACAGUCAUCUGCCAGCAAUGAAAGUGAUGCAGAAGAAGACAAGCCUGAACAAAGUAAAGAUUUAGUGUCAGGGGAACCAAAUGAUGCAGAACCAGUAAAAAAAGAGGAUGAAGAUGAUGAUGCCUUUUUCAAACUUAGAAAGGUAUCCAGAAAAGCUAAAUUGCUCGAGAGAGGUCUUCUUCAAAUAGUGAUGAAUUGCCACCGAAUAUAGGGUAAGUACGACAACCCCGAGACGCACUGGAGCCAAGAGAGAAUUACAAGCCUGUGAGAAAAAAUGUGUUUGGGGAUAUAGUAGAGUAACAGAGUUCUUCAUCAAAACUUGACCUAAUUUUAGAUCCAGACAUUUUGCACAUUCUUAUAUUUAUAUCUUCGCAAGUUGAGUAUAAGUACAAGAGAAUCUAUAUAAUUGGUAUUAAUUGAAGGGGGAAAGAGUCUUCUUAAUACUUGAUCAUAUAUUUUAUUUAAAAAAUAUGAUUGUUUAGCAAAUAAAAUGAUUAUCAGUGUCAGAAAGUCAUUGCUGUAAUUUCACAAGUAUAUUAACCUUUUGCUAGUUUUCCCAACUAGUGCUGCAUAAUUUUGUUUUCUCUCAAUAUUUUAUGUCGGAAUUAAAUGUGAUGUUAUAUUUUAAAUUAUUCUAUACCUAUUAUAUGUAAAAAAAAUGCCAGAAUUCUUUAUACCAUGUGACUUUACAAAUUAAUUCUAGUAUUUCUAUGCAGGGGCAUAAAGUAUUCUUUAUUUUUCUAUGUAUUUGUAUUAAAAAAGAGUCGUACAGAAACUUUAUGAUUCAUACACAUGUGGACAAGUUAGAAAUGGGCCUGUUAAUUGGAACUAUUAAGUCAUUAACAUGCCCUUGUUAACCAUGAUAGUAAAGGAUUAUUAAUUUAUAAAUGUUAAUUGAAUACAUGAAAUACGUAUAGAAUAGUAUUAUUAGAGUAUUAUUUAACAGGAUUCUGUACAAUACAGGGAUUUACAUGUAUAAGGGUGUGUACUCAGCUGAAAAAAGCACUUGCCCGGUGAUACAUUAGUAUGUCACAUGUCCAUGUUGGUAUACAUCAAAAUACAGGCCAUUUUUUUCCUUGUAUCAUUAUUAAUUUCUGGUAAAUGGAGGCAUUCCAAAUGCAAAACAAAAA